AUGGCCGACGACGAUCGUCACGUGACGCGGAAAUGGAUGGAAGAGUGUCACAACAACACGACACAGUCGACACAGUGCCAACAACAACUGGAGGAGGUUGCCGCUGAACAGACCGCUCGGAGGGUUCAACAACAUCCACACUUGCAGGGUUUCAGAGAAGCCUUCACAAAUCUUUCGAGUGUCAGUUCACAUAUAGCCACGAUUCAACAGGGUCGUGCCACUGUUUCCGUGUUACAUUACAUACCUUAUCGAAGAAUAUAUAUCGAAAAAAACUAUAGCAUUACAGUGAAAAAGGGAAUGAUGUUUCUGAGAGGCACUCUAGGUCAAUACGAAGGCAUCGUUGAAGCAAAUUCGUUCUCAGACAGCAAUAAUUGCAGCACCACGGACAGUUUCGUUAUUUUUCGCACGCCAAGUGAAACGCAACGCGACGAGAGAGAAGUCGUAGCCGAUGUUCCAAUCGACGGGCCUAGAAACGACACGAACAUUUCACAUUUGAAGACACCUAUUGACUGGAACAAUUGGACUCCGAAACUCAAAUUUCCUACAACUAGCUCCGAGAAACAAUAUAAAAUGGCAAAUCUACAAUUAGACAGAGGAAUGUUUGUCUUCGAUUUCCUAAGGAAAUUUCUGUCGCUUAUUCAACCUUAUGACGUGCCUGUUGAUUUAUUAACAGACGCGAUCGAGAACCGAGUGGAUACGUCAAGAUUGAUUUCAGAGUCGGUACACCUAGAAGCAACGUUGUUAGUAGUGUUCGGUAUGUGCUGUAUUUUAUGCUGUGUAAUACCUGGAAUAGAGCUUUGGCUUGCAUGUCGUCCAAUAAGGGAGGAUUACAAACCGAGUCAACAUCCUAGCGUGCUUACGUUUUCUCUCGCAUUUUUCGUCUGCAUACUCGGAUUCGGCAUGAUCACGAUGAUCGUGUGCAACGAAACGAUAUCGGCGAGCGUGGAAAAAUUUCCAAUCGUCGUCGAGACUGCCCUGCAAGACUUAAACGAUUACCACAGCAGCACGACAAUUCAAUUACGCAAAUGUCUCUCGAGGAGCCUGGAUGUGGCCAGCGAGGCAAUCCUUGCGGAUUUAGAUAAUAUCGAAGAGUUAUUGGGGAAACCGGUGCAGAGUGAAUUGUCCACUGAGACAGGAUUGGACAACACGUUAAACAUGCUUCUGGAUCUCGUAAAUGCUAGUCACAGAGUUUCGAGCAACGUCGAAUCUCUGUUGAGCGACGGUGAAAACAUUCGUAGUCGCGGGAAGCAGCUGAGCAGAGAAAUGGACGACUUGCGUCGAAAUUUGGAAAGCGCGUUGAGAGCUUGCACCGGUCAAGAUCGUCCUCUGUGCACCAUCGUUGAUUCUUCCGGGUUACGACUAACUUUACGGAUUGAUCAGUUCCUCAGGGACAAUCGUUUGCAAUAUCUGCGCGACUUCAAGCGAGAAAAUUUUACGGAAACCAUCCGUCAAGCCCGCGGAGAGUACAUGUACAUUCCGCAGCAUAUUGCAAGAAACAGCCUGGAAAUUCGGAAUCAAAUUCGACGUGAAGUGAAUAAAAUGCGUGCGAGGAUCUUCGACGAGGCACGAAACAUGGAGGCGAGCAAUUCCGAGCUCGUCAAGCAACUGGAAUUUGCAAGACAUCUGGUAGAUUAUACGACGCCGUAUAUAAUAGUCUUCGAGCACGUCAGAUGGCUGAUAGGUAUCGGUGCCGUUUUAUGCAUCUUACUUAUCUGGCUGUUAUUGCUGGGAGCUCUUUCUUGUCGCUGCGGCUCUUCCGGAGAUAAAGUACGGCCUACGCUUUUAUGUGGCGCAUUCAUGGCAUGUAUCAUCUCGAUCAUAUUGUGGGCAGUGUUCCUCGUAACUUUAAUACUGUCGAGUCACACUGAAAUGUUGAUCUGUCGUCCACUUCACGAUUCGAAUUACAGCACGAUACAAGCUAUCCUGGAGACUCGAAUGUUCUUAGGGAAAAGAUUAAGCAUACCUCUGAAAGACCUACUCGAAAAAUGUCGUGAAAACGAACCGGCGUAUCCAGCAUUUGGAUUAGGGAACACGAUGAAAUUAGAGCAGCUCACUGCGUAUUGGACUUGGUCAGGCUUUACCAGGAUUAUAUUAAAAAUCAAAGUUCAAUUGAAGACACUGAGAAUAUUUACGCCGUAUUUGCAACAGCAACUGCAUAAUUUGCUGUAUGCUUGCGGACUGAAUUUAACGGAGCACAGAGUCGCGGUCCAGGAACGAAUAUUAAACAAAGACUUGGAGGCGUUGUCAGAUCAAUUGGACAAAGUUACCGAACAAAUGAGCGACAGGCUAACAGCCAGAAGCUUGGAAACUAUCGUGAUAAAUAUGCAAGAUUUGAAUCAAAGGCGAGUGAAACCGUUGAUGAGAUUUCAAGACGAGCUGUUGUAUAAACUGGCUGCGCUAGAAUUGCAAGUAAAGCCACUGCAACAGCUGAUCAAUGAUUCGCUCGCCAACUUGAAGACCAUUCAAUAUUACAUCGACAGCCAGGGUGAUAAGAUUGCUCAAUUGAAAACAAAGUUCUACACGGAUCGGCUGGCCAAUUACCUGGAUCAAUGGAGAUUCCACGUGCUGUCUGAAAUGGGUAACGGUGUAGCAAAGUGUCGACCACUUUGGGACGUGAUGGAAGGAAUCAAACUAUUACUGUGUAGUCACUUUCUAGGUAAUUUGAGUGGAUUCUGGUUUGCCACGUUCUUAUGCAUAGUUAUUAUGAUAGCGAGCACGCCAACCGCUCACGUUUUGUCCCUGGUGUAUAAAAAAUUUCCAUCUGUCGUAAAGAAUGCUAAUCUUGUAACUACAAGAACAGAAGAUCCUCCGACCGAAACUAAUGAACAAGAAAAUUGGAAUACACCCGAGCCACCGCCGCCGCCACCACCCGAGGAAGGAUGGCAAUAACGAUCAGAAAUGUUGUUCGUUCAUAUAGCCUCGUUUCUGCAUAAUGAUGCAUAAUCACGUUUUGCAAUCAAUAAUCAACGCUUGCGAAAGUUCUAAUUAACGACAUGGU